AUGUCAGGAGCAGCCUUCUCUGAUGUAAACCAGCUCCUCCCAGAGCAGCGGGUAAGCAGGUGGGGUGCGCCACAGGUGCCCAGUGCGAGGAGAGGGGGCGAGCUGGGUUAUCACCCUCAGUACCACUGUCCAGUGCGCAGCGAGCUGCAGCACCCACCUGCCCAAGCAGGAAGCAGCGGAAGUACAGAGUUUACCACACCCCCUUCAGGCUGGCCUGCUUUAAACGGCGCCUUUCAACAAGAUGCGACACCUAAUCCAUCGCACCAGCUGCGGCAGAGCUUCUGGGGCCAAAAGACCAUUGACAAAGAGGCUGCUAGAAAUGUAUGUGGCAAUUUGGUGACCUGGUCCUCCCGACGCCACAUCCCGCUGAAGCUGCAUGACAAGGUAGAAGUAGCUCCGGGUCUCGGCCAAGGGCAGCCCUGGGCCUGGGUGGGGCCCGGCGGGGGCCGCAGGCGCCGAGUGGCCUUGCCAAGCCCCGCCAGCGAGAACCAGGGGAGGCUGCGAUACUGCUGCAUUGUGCUGCAUCACGGCGAGGGCACCCCCUGGGAGAGCGGGGACGGCAGGGAGGGCGGGGGGCGGGCGCGAGGAUGGGCGGGGGUGGGGGCGCCGGGACACCGCCUCCGUUUCAGCUGCAGCGCGGCGCAGCCGGGACCACGCCUGGCCGCAUCCCCCGUACCGUUACGCGCAGAGCCCGGCCCUGUCAACACCGCCCCCGCUCGCCACCAGCCGGGGCUAGAGAGAGGGCACCCGAAAAUACACCCUCCCGUCUGCCCACUUCGCAACCACCCUCGCGCCGGGGGCCGCUGCGCCCGGCUGGAGGGAGGAGGCGGCGGAGGCGGGGAAGGAAUCGGCCCCAAUGCGUCCACGGAUGAGGCUGGGCGGCCGCGGUGCGCACGGCUGCUCUGCGACCGCCUCACUGCGGAGCCCACCGCCCGCCGCCCCCCGCCCCGCACAGCCCGCGUACUCAGAAGCCACUGGAGACCCGGCUCCCCGCGACGCCACUGCCCGGGCUGUACAGCUUCCCCGCCCCCACCCCGCUCCCCGGGCGCAGGGCAAAGGCGGGACAGCCGCGUCCUCCCGGCCUGUGCCCGCGCCCCUCCUCCCGCCGCCCAGGAGCCAGCCCGGGAGACAGCCCCAGUUCUGCCCAGCCUGAUGAAGACCGGUGGUGACCUCUCCAUGGGAAACCUGGGCGAUGGAGGGAAGGCGGUUGUUCCUCGGCGAAGUCAAGAUUUUCCUCCUUUAUGAGUGAUUUUUCACCCUUUCCCUCGGGGUAGCUGGUAAUAGGCCCUACAAGUGGUUCGCGCAACUCUUGCCUCUCUCGCCCUAACGCCGGCUCACUUUAGCCUGAUUCGGGUGCCCUUCCCGAGCCACUCCUAGGAAGUGGGGACGCGAUGGCCUGAGGGCUUGAGUUCUCCCCCUACCUGUGUACCGUGAGAUGGACACGGGACGUUUCCUGGAGACUUGGCAAGUGCUAGAGCCGAUUCUCAACCAGCUUGCCUACCCUGGCAAUACCCGAAGCUAUGUAGAAAUUAAUUCUGGAACUGCCACUGUUGAGGAGAAAAGAUGGUGUCAUCACCAGGACCACGAAUAGAAACGCUCUUUUAAACAGCCUGGAGAAACUGACUUUCUCCGUGCUCUGUAAGUGCCCAAAGCGGCACUGUAAGCCUUCAGAGGGAAGAGGGGCCUUCUCCGUUGUUUAAAAAAAAAAAAAAAGCCCUAAGGCUUUUCUCCUAAAGAUCUGACCCUCAAUACCUGAAUAAAAAUUUUUUCAAAAAAUAAAUAAUGAUGAUGAUAAUAGUCAAAUAGCUAGGAUCGUGCUUAUGUCUCAAAUCAGUAGACAUGAUGGAUUUAUAUUUUUGUAUGUAUUUUUCAUGAAUAGUUUAAAAUAAAACUAAACAAAAUCGUCUCCGCAAAGUGAAGAUGAUUCUUCCUUUUAGGCUUUCGCCAUCAGUUUGAAUGUUUGACCAAAGUUUAUAUUUGAUCUAUAUGAAAAAAAUUGAGGAAGGCAAAUGAUUUAACAUUUUUCUCACAAGGUUGAUCAACACAGCCUGGUGAACUCUCAAAAGGCAGGGUUCUCUGUUCACUGCUAGUACAUAGCAGGCAUUUAAAAGAUACUCAAAAAAUAUUUGUUGAACAGAAUCAACAUGUAUGUGGCUGCCCUUGUUAGGUAAUGCUGGAAACCCACUAGAAAUAAAAGUUGUUUCCCUUUCACUUAUUUUGUGCCAGAGCCCCCAGCACCUCCCCACCUACAGUGUUAAUGAAAUACCAAAGAAAACAAUGGCAGUACUGAGAAAUGCCUGUUUAAAUUCUUCCAAUGUUAUUCUGCAAUUGUGACUCUUAACUGCUUCCUUUAUCACAGAUAACAGUACUGGAAUAAAUCUGCAUUUGAUGCAUGAGUCACCUCCCCUACCCCAUUCCACUCCCACUUAGUUUUAAAAUUUUCCUUCAAAAAGGAAAGCCACACAUAACCUUAGCAAUAUACUUUAGUAAAGUGGCAGUAAGUAUUCCAAACAUGUGAAAGACAAGGAUUCAGAGUUUCACUAUAAAUACCUGACUAGCAAUUCAAAUUCUUACCUUUUGGCGGGGGA